GGGAGCGGUGAAAGCUGUGUUCGAAAGUUUCUGUUAAAUAUGUCAUAUUCCCAUGGAAAACUUAAGAAAAUCUAAUGGUGCUUCUUGUACGUUUUCAUCCCUGAAGUUAGAAGUGAAGCCCACAGAAUGCUUGGUGUUUAUGGUACAUGUCUUUUAAUCACCUAUGUCAGCUGACAAACCACAAAACUAUUAGCAACCUACUAUGUUGCAUCAUCAAACUGUACGAGUGCUCAUUGAGAGGUUUAGCUCAUGAAACUUCAUUUGUAAAGAAUACUUCCUGUUGAGGAAUGUCACCAAAGAUGCAAAUCCUAUGGGUAGGAAUCCUAUGGGUAUAUUGUAUAUGAUGUCCUAUGGGUAGGAAUCCUAUGGGUGUCUUAACUUUAAAUAUCUAGUCUACCAGCAUCCAUGGUGAUCGUCUUCAGAGUCAGCGUAAGCAAGCUUCGUGACUUCAGAAAUGGUAUUAGGAAUAUUCUCGUGGUGACUAAUGUUGCUGUCCGUGGUAUAGAUAUUGCCAGCGUCAACUAUGUCGUAAAUUAUGACUUGCCAACUGAUAUUGAAGAGUAUGUUCAUCGUGUUGGUCGAACGGGCUGCGUGGGAAAUGUUGGAAAAUCAAUAAGCUUCUUCGACCAAGAAAGAGAUGGCCCUAACGCUGGAAAGUUUGUGUCUUUUUUAACUAAGUCCAACGCCGAUGUCCCGCCAUUCAUGCAAGCGAUGGUCUCAGGUGUGAGUGGAAUGGGUUACGACUUUAGCGCCCCUUCGACUCAAGGGGCUUUGCUAGUCGAGAUAUGCGCCGAGCAAGUUUAGACCUAGGUAGUUCUUAUUAUUUGUAGAUCUAAUUUAAUCUAUUCGCAGUUCGGCGAUAAACCUGGAUUUGCUGCCUUGCCUACUGAAGUUGAAGAGAGUUGGGAUUAACUCAAUGUCGUUCACUUGGUUGGUUUAUUUCGAGUAAUCCAAAACCAAAAUUCUUAUCGAAGAACAUCUUGGAACUUACAUGCAAUGUCUGUUUGAAAAUUUUAUUACGUGUUUAUUUUGCUGACCAUAUACUUGAAUGUAGAACAAA